AUGAGAGUUGAUGGCCUCCUGAGGCAAAGGUCAAUCAUCCAAGGUGCCCUCCAAGUCCCAGACCUUAUUCUUCCUCCCGUUGCCCCUCAACCCCCUUCCGAUCUUGGCCUAAAAGUUAAUCCGGACCUGAAGAAGAAGAGGCCGGUUGAAACCCUUGAGGAAGGCGAGGUGGACCCCCGCCCAAGUAAACAGCCAAAAACAACCCGGGAGCAGAAGGAUAAAAGGGCUCCAUUUGUAGAGAGUCGGGAAGAUGGGGACCGGGCUGAAGUGCGUGUUAAUCCGCGCACUUGGAGCUUGAAACUCAAGGUAGACGAGGUCGCCAUUCCAUAUACCGCCUCGGUCCGAGAGUACAAUAGGGACCGAGCUGGAUAUAUUGCUGAGGCCCUAGAGCAGCUCAUUACUCAGCAAGUGUUCGUGGCCGAGGAGUAUUGCCGCAACAACCGCAAGUUGGCUGAAGCUGAGGAGCAAUUCGAGUUGUCUGAGAAGCUCAAAGAAGCUGAGAAAAAUCGCCGGAGCGCCGAGGCUGGCUUGAAGAAUGCUGAGAGUCAAGCCGAGGACCAGCGCCAAAAACUGUUCGUGACUGAGACCAACCUUGCCACUGAAAAGCAAAACAUGUUGGAUCUUAAGGCCGCAUUACAGAAAGCCAAGGAGGAGGCCCGACUGGCCAAGGAAGAGGCUCAGUUAGUCAGGGAAGCAGCUGAGGCUGAGAAGAAGGCUUCUUAUCAGUUAGGGGCGGAGGAGACCGAGGCCAGGCUUUUCGAGGAGUUGCUAGAGGUAUGCAUGGAUUACUGCAGCAUUUCGUGGGCUCAUGCUCUCAAUGCUGCAGGGGUCCCUGCAGACUCGGCCUUGAGGUUGCCUGAGAAGGUCUUUUUUCCUCCUGAGAUCCGAGAGGUCCCUGAUGAAGCAACUGAGCCAGCUACGGUUGUUCCUGAUGCCAUCCCCUUAGUCGAUACUACUGGGGGAUCUGGUCAAGUAGCCAUCCAGGUCGAGGACGCGGUAAUAGAGAAGAAAAAGGACCAGAGCAAGGGCAAAAAUACCUCCUCGAAGGCCAAGGAUCCUGCUAAGGAGUCAUUCAUCGAGGAUCUUGGGGCAGAUUCCCAAGUUAAGGACGUUCCCCCUUCUCAGCCAGAGCAAAAAGAGAAUCCUCCUGCCGAGGCUUAG